AUGGUCAGAAGCACCCCAGAUACAAAUAUUACUAAUGUUCUGUGCAACUCAGGCGAGUACACGGCCGGCGAUCCUUUUGCGACCAGUCUUGCUUAUACUCUCGACGAAUUACAGACUACCACUCUAAAGCGUCAAAACUAUGAUUUCUACAAUAUUUCUCCUUACCCUAAUGCUUUUGCAUAUGGGCAUGGUUCUUGUAACAAAAAUCUCACGAGUUCGGACUGUGGUGUGUGUCUCGGUGCUGCGAAGACGGCCAUGGGAGAAUCAUGUCCAAGCAGGAUUGGUGCUCGAGCCGUGCUUUAUGAUUGUUCAAUUAGGUAUGAGCAAUACCCAUUUACUGAUUAA